AUGGCUGCGGCUCAGUGUCCAGGCCUCGUUGACUCACAAGAUUCUGACAGCCCUCCCAGGCCCGCCCUGCUCUGCCACGAGAUUUCCAUGAGCAACAUCAACUUUGCCUUCAGCCUCUACAGACGGUUGGCUUUGGAUGUCCCCGGUGAGAACAUUCUCUUCACAGCCAGCGUCUCCUUGGCCUUGGCCACGCUCUCCCUCGGGGUCCCCGUUGCCAGCAAGACCCAACUCCUGGAGGGCUUAGAGUUCAACCUCACCGUGGUGCCCGAGGCCCGGAUCCAGGAGGGCUUCUGGGAUCUGCUGCUCAGGCGCCACUCCCGGGGCCAGCGCAGGUUCGGAGGUCCGAGCCCUGGGGCCAUCCAGGACCCCCAGGAGGCCCAGAAACUCAUGGAGGAACAUGUGGACAAGCAGACUGAGGGGAAGCUGGGGGCCUAGAUGAAGGACCCCAGGAAUGAAACUGCAGCAGUGCUGGUGAAUCACAUGCCCCUUAGAGCCUCGUGGGCUCAUCCCUUCAACCCGCGUGCCACCAGCCCGAAGGAAUUCUUUGUGGACAAGCACAGGGCCAUGUGGGUCCCUAUGAUGAAGCAGAAGGCCCAUCACUGCUCCUUCUAUGACCCUGAGCUGCAGCGCAUGGUGCUGCGGAUGGACCACACCAGCAAUGCCAUCGCCUUCUUCAUCUUCCCCAAGUGGGGCACGCUGCAGCAGCCCGAAGCACUCAUCCAGUGGGACAGUUUGCUCUGGACAAAAGAACUCGAUUUCUAUUUCCCCAAAAUUUCCAAGGCUAGCACCUACGAACUGGAGGUGCUGCUACCACGAGUGAGUGUGGGUGGAGGUAUCCCCGAAGAGCCUCAACUGAACGUCUCAACCCCCUCAAUCCACAAGCUCGCCCCUGGGGAGUGGUGUCUUCGCCACUGUGUCAUUUCACUGUGCCGCCGUGUGGCCAAGCGGGACCACUGCUUCCGUGCUGUUCGGGACACGGCAUCAGUGGCCACCAGCGCGUUUCUCAAGCUGCUGGAUAACACGGAAGGCACCCUCUUGUCUUCGUCCCAGGCCCAGCUGCUUAUCCUGGCACCAGGAGGCUUCUCCAGCCCUUCGAGAGCUGCCGACGGCCCCCCGGUGCGCUCCCUCCCUCAGCCUGGCUGGUCCUGA